ACUAUUAUCCCACCAUUACUUUCUGGUUAUUUCGAUUUCCCCCCUGCUUAUUCCAGCUGCAAAAUCGCCUCAUACACUUUGUUGAAACGUUUUAAAUUCAUCUGAACCAAUGAAUCUGGUGGGCACAGCGUGAACUUUAAAUUAACUACCAAGUGGUCUCAGGUGUGCGGUCAUCGCUUAUUAUAAAACCGCUGAAGCGCAUCGCAGCAAAUCAAAGCCGAGCACCGGAAAAUCAGUUUUAGAAGUGUCAGUUCGGUGUAGCAGCCACAAGAUGGCGCUGGUACACUGUGCUUUGCGUCCGCUGGUCCCUGGGUACUGUGCGCUCUCUGCGGCCCCCGAUGGAGCCAGCGGAUUACAAACUCCAGUUAAGUGGCGCACCGUCCUCCUCCUCCUCCCCAUCCUUCAACCAGAGUGAACCCAGGCGCACGGAGCGCAUCCUCACCGUGCCCGCCCUGUGGGAAUUUAGAAAGCAGCUCUGUUUGGUUGUCCGCGCCAAACCGGCCGAGCUCUGCAGUGUAAGGGAUUGGGGGAAAAAUAUAGACAAAGAGAGUGAGAUGGGUCCGGAGACGGUGAGGUAUCCGUGAUUGUCAAGUAAACGGCGGUGAAGUUCUUCGGCUCCGCUUGGAUCUUUUCUCCAGGUCGCUGAGCGUGUGAUUGUGUGUUCAGCAUGAGUAACAUCUAUGAGUCUGCAGAGGCCACGCUGGGCUUCAUCAGCUCUCCAUGCCUGACCAAAGUGGAGCUGAGAGUGGCCUGCCGGGGGAUCUCGGACCGUGACGCUCUCUCCAAACCUGACCCUUGCGUGGUGCUGAAGAUGCAGUCACACGGGCAGUGGUUUGAGGUGGACCGUACAGAGGUGAUUCGUAGCAGCAGCAACUCAGUCUUCUCCAAGAUCUUCCUGGUGGACUACUACUUUGAGGAGGUUCAGAGGCUCCGCUUUGAACUUCAUGACAUCAGCUCUGGCAACAAUGGCCUCCGUGAUGCUGACUUCCUGGGAGCCAUGGAGUGCACCUUGGGACAGAUCGUCUCUCAGAGGAAACUGAGCAAAGCUCUGCUCAAACAGGGGAACACUGCUGGAAAGUCUUCCAUAACGGUGACAGCGGAGGAGUUGUCUGGUAAUGACGAUUACGUUGAACUCUCCUUCAGUGCUCGCAAGCUGGACGACAAGGAUUUCUUCAGCAAGUCAGACCCCUUCCUGGAGAUUUUCAGAAUUAAUGACGACGGCACUGAGUCACUCGUACACAGAACUGAGACGGUCAUGAACAACCUGAGCCCAGUUUGGAAAUCCUUCAAAGUUUCCUUGAACACACUCUGCAGUGGUGACCAUGACAGGGAGCUGAAGUGCACAGUUUGGGACUGGGACUCUAAUGGAAAACAUGACUUUAUAGGGGAGUUUCAGACCACCUAUAAGGAGGUGAGAGCAGAGCAGGAGGGCAAACAGCUUCAAUGGGAGUGCAUCAACCCUAAAUACCAGUUGAAGAAGAAGAACUACAGAAAUUCUGGUGUUGUUAUUCUCAACCACUGUAAGAUCAUCAAAAUGUAUUCCUUCCUGGAUUACAUCAUGGGAGGCUGCCAAAUUCAGUUCACAGUGGCAAUAGACUUCACAGCGUCCAAUGGGGAUCCCAGAAACAGCUGCUCCCUUCACUACAUCCACCCCUACCAGCCCAAUGAGUACCUGAAAGCGCUGGUGGCUGUAGGGGAGAUCUGCCAAGACUAUGACAGUGAUAAAAUGUUCCCUGCAUUUGGUUUUGGAGCACUGAUACCACCUGACUUCAAGGUUUCACACGAUUUUGCAGUGAAUUUUGAUGAAGACAAUCCUGAAUGUGCUGGAAUCCAAGGCGUGGUGGAGGCCUACCAGAAUUGCCUCCCCAAGAUUCAGCUGUACGGGCCCACCAACAUCGCCCCAAUCAUCCAGAAAGUGGCCUCGUCUGCCUCCGAGGAGAUGCACACCAAAGAGGCCAUGGAAUACUUCAUCUUGCUGAUCCUGACAGACGGCGUCAUCACCGACAUGGCGGACACACGGGAGGCCAUCGUGCACGCCUCCCACCUGCCCAUGUCCGUCAUCAUCGUCGGCGUGGGCAACGCAGACUUCACAGACAUGCAGAUACUGGACGGAGACGACGGAAUCCUGCGCUCACCGAAGGGCGAGCCAGUCCUACGUGACAUCGUGCAGUUCGUCCCCUUCAAGGACUUCAAACAUGCCUCCCCGGCCGCACUGGCUAAGAGUGUUUUGGCAGAAGUCCCUAACCAGGUGGUGGAUUACUACAACGCUAAAGGCAUCAAACCCAAGUGUAUGUCAGACUACGAAUCCACAAGAGCCUUCAGCCCCUGACAAUGGAAUACAUGGAAACACACUCUCAACUACACACCCACACACAUAUAUAUAUAUCAUAUAUAUAUACUUUAUGUACUGUAUAAUACAUAAUACAAAAGCACAAGCACAUAUACACAUACAAACAAACAUGUACACAUAACCAUACUACAUACAGUAGUCUAGCUCAGAGAAUUAGCUCGUUCUGGUGAAACAAUUUGAACUACUCCAUUGAUGACUAUUGCAUGUUUGGCCACAAUGGCAUCACCUGUAAAAUUAUUAAUAUCUACUGUAUAUCUGAAAGAUGUUUAUAGAAAUAAGAGCAGUCUUCUGGACCAGCAUGCAGACCAUAGCACACCCAAAGAAAUGACACUCCUACCUUAUUUAGAUAACUAGCAAGUAAAGACCAAAUAUCUGAGGGUAGGGAAGUCAAAAUAUGUGAUUGCAUAGCUGGAAAUUAUUAGAAUUAGCAUUGCAAAUGUUAUUUAUGGGAAUGGUAGCAUCCCUGUUAGUGUACUGCAUAAAUGCAUGCAUAAUUCAGCUCCUGCUAAUAUCCAAUCUCCAGUAGCCGCUUGCUAGUUAUGAAAUAAAGUAUCUCUGUCAUUUGAGUGACAUUCAGGGUUGUCUUGGGUGUUUCGGGUUCUUUUCUACAGAUUUGUUUGAGAUUUUGCUAAAUGGAAACGAACAACUGAAAAAUUGUAAUAAUUUCUUAAUAACCUUCUUACAUUGUAAAGAGUUUUGGGAGGAUAGCAAAGCGUCUGUGGUAGACACUCAUCUGUGAG